ACCUCCCACUUUGGACUUAGAAACGCUUCAGCUCAGAAAGCAGGUCUGUACUCCCCACAACUGCAGCCAGUAAGCCACAGCACAAAGGAACCACAAGGCCAAGAUCCAGAGAGGGAAGUAGGCUGCACUCUGGCCCCUGACGCAGCGGCAUGGAGCUGGUCCCGGACACCUCACGCCCGCCACUGCAGUACGUGAAGGGGAUCCCUCUCAUCAAGUACUUUGCCGAGGCACUGGGGCCACUGCAGAACUUCCAGGCCCAGCCCGAUGACCUGCUUAUCAGCACCUACCCCAAAUCCGGCACCACCUGGGUGAGCGAGAUCCUGGACAUGAUCUACCAAGGUGGCGAUCUGGAGAAGUGUCGCAGGGCCCCCGUCUUUAUCCGGGUACCCUUCCUUGAGUUCAAGGCUCCAGGGAUUCCCACAGGUAUGGAGGUUCUGAAAGACACACCGGCCCCACGAAUCAUCAAGACGCACUUGCCCCUGGCCCUGCUCCCUCAGACCCUGCUGGAUCAGAAGGUCAAGGUGGUCUAUGUUGCCCGCAACGCAAAGGAUGUGGCUGUCUCCUAUUACCACUUCUACCGCAUGGCCAAGGUGCACCCUGACCCUGACACCUGGGACAGCUUCCUGGAGAAGUUCAUGGCCGGAGAAGUGUCCUACGGGUCCUGGUAUCAGCACGUGCGGGAGUGGUGGGAGCUGAGUCAUACCCACCCUGUUCUCUACCUCUUCUAUGAGGACAUGAAAGAGAACCCUAAAAGGGAAAUUCAGAGGAUCCUGGAGUUUGUGGGGCGCACCCUGCCAGAGGAGACCGUGGAUCUCAUCACCCAGCAAACUUCUUUCAAGGAGAUGAAGAAGAACCCCAUGGCUAACUACACCACCAUACCCCCUGACAUCAUGGAUCACAGCGUUUCGGCCUUCAUGAGGAAAGGCGUUGCGGGGGACUGGAAGACCACCUUCACCGUGGCCCAGAACGAGCGCUUUGACGCCCACUAUGCGGAGAAGAUGGCGGGCUGCAGCCUCCGCUUCCGCACGCACCUGUGAGUGGUGCUCCCCGAGGCACGCCCGCGGCCCCACUGCUGUGACCCGGCCUGACCCUGGGGUCGAGAAUAAAAUUCCGUUUGUGUUAA